UUCUCUUCUUUUUUUUACCCUUUUAAACACCCAACUCUCUCACAUUCACAAGCCUCUCCUCUCUCAACUCCUUCAUCUCACGAAGCUAAUGGACUUCCUUCCCCCAGUCAAACCAGAAAGUGUGGAGGAGGUAGUGUUGAUGGAAUACGAUGAAGAGAACAACCAACUCGAAGCCGAGUUUUGUCCCGUUGAGCAUCCAGUUGAACCGGAAGAAGAAGAUCGUCCGGUUAAAUGUCCCGUACCAAUCUCAUCUGCUCUCAUCCACAAUUCAACGGAGAAAACCAAACCGGGCUGGGUUAAACACAGAGCCAGCUGCGAAACUCAGGUUUAUCCACCUCCACGUCAUGUCCGUAACGUAAGGAAGAGACGCAACUCGUUUGUCGAAGGAGACAGCAGUUUCUUCACGAGAUCUAUGUUCUCCACAUCGACUCACGAUGAGGAAGAAACCACAUCUCGAAGAUCCACUGCCACAACAAUCUACCGUGUUUUUCGACAAGUUCACGAGUUCGAGCCGUGAAAAAAAGAAAAAACCUUUGAGUUGUUUUCACGGUGGCGGAUCGUGAAGAUUUCUUUUUUCGCCUGCGAUUGCUUUAAGUUUUAGUUGAAUUUAACGUAGAUCGUCGUUAUACCAAGUUUUCGGUAUACGUCUUAUAUUAUUAUUCGGUGUAAACCGGCCCGGUUAGGUACGGUUCGAAGAUAUAAAAUUUUCUAUUUUCGUGUAUGUAAA